AUGCCGUGCCACCCGACGAACGCCGCGCCACCUUCAUUGAUCGCUGUCAUCGCCGAUGGGAAGGGGGGGCAGCUGUUUUACCUACUCAAACUAGCAAUACCGAUAGUGGUUUUCUCCGGUUGUGAAGCAUCAGUUGAAGCUUUAUACUUGGGACUUGGGUUCAGGACGAGCGUCUCGACGUGGGACUACUUGACACGAUCUACGUAUAAAGAUGGUUGGCGAUCAGCGCUAGUCCCAAGAAGGCUUCGACUUCAGAUUCGGAGGACGUCGAAUCGUCCCACGUGGCCUUCAGGAUUUUGUGCUUGGAGGAAUUUGACUUUUAUCAAUGGUAAUGCUCUGCAACCGAACCUCCUAUUGCAAAUGGUCAAGAAUGACAAGUCCAGAACAAGAUGUGGAUUGAAUUUCUCAUCAUCCACAGAAUUAAGGCAAGACCUCUUUUUUUCCUUCCCUCCUUUGAUUAAUCAUGAGGUUUGUGUCUCUAUACAGAACAACUCCAAAAUACGCUCUGAUGAAUAUUGGAUACAAUUUGUUAUACUACUGAAUUUUUAAUUGAGUCAGAUAGACAUGAUUUUUAUCUGAAUUAGGUGAGAUUUAAAUCUUUGGUUGGCAACUCCUUUGAUUAAUGGCAAUGCUCUGUGAGAUUUGUUUAAGAUCACAGCUAGCAGACAUAUUUAUUUUUUAAAAACAAUUAGUUUAUGUAGUUGAGACUUUGAAAUAAAUAUUGACAUAACAAUUUGAGUCAUUUUCCAUAAGAAUUCUGCAGUUAGGUGCGGGCUCCUAUUUCAUGUGAUCCAGCAGUUUCAGGUGACCAGUUAGCUGAUCGGGUUGCUUUGAUUCUUUGUUGAUUGAUAAGCAUCUCUUGUUGGUGCAACAAGAGUUGCUUUGAUUUCUUUGUUGAUUGAUAUUGUUGUUAGUUAAAUAUGUAUAUAAAUGCAAUUCCUGUUACAUUCUUUGCCAGAUCCAUGUAGAUGUUUAUAUUUUUCUUGUGCAGAGAAGUUUAGUAUAUGGCAAUGUAUCUUGAUAACUUCAGAUUUUGCUUGGUGUUUAUGUUAUAGAAGCCAGUAUUUUCUUUGUGGUC